AUGUCGUCACUAGACCCACCCACGUACCUCACCUCGAUCCAGAAUAACAUCCGCGCUCGGCCCAUAUCGUGGGAAGGUGCGGUCCGGGCCAAGACCAUCACCGACGAGGACCUCAGGAAGAUCAAGUCGAUCGACAAGGUGCGCAAGGAGCAGCGCAAGCAGACAAUCGAGUCGGACGUGGGUAGCUUUGUCACGCUGCUCGUGGGUGGAAAUGGGUCACAGAGCAUCUUCGAGGCAGCAGCAAAGCGUCAGGACAUCAUUCACUACAUGCUGGUCCUAUUAGGGGAUAUGAUUGACGAUAUACCUGCCCUCACAUCCGCUCUCGUCCAGCACCCAGCACCCUACAAGCCGUUCCUACCGCUUCUGAAAGCUUCAUCCAACAAUGAAGACCCCGUGCCGCUUCUCACCUCGUCUGUACUGUCCGGGCUACUGUCGCAUGCCGUCACACAGACUUCCAAGAGCACUCCCGAGCUCGACGAGGCACUAGCCCAGCUCUUCACCUACCUCUCGACGCUCGCAAAGGCAUCCGACGCCGGCCUUCAGGAUAUCGCGGUUCGCGAAUACUCUGCUGUACUUCGUAAUACAAAGGCAAGACGCAUCUUUUGGAAGCAGAGGAAGGAGACGCUAAGCCCUCUUUUUGAUAUUCUGCGGGCCGCAGCGGGGUCAGCCAAGGAUACCGACUCGACCCUCUACAGCGGCGGUGCCAGUAUUCGCAGCACAGCCGAUGGCGGGAUAUCUGGCGGUGUCGGCCUCCAGCUUCUGUACCAUGUUCUGCUUGUUAUUUGGCAGCUCAGUUUCGAGGGCGAGCUCGUUGGCGACGGCCUUCAAGAUGAGCACGACAUUGUAAUUCUGUACACACAGUUGCUCAAGGUGUCACCCAAGGAGAAAACCACUCGCCUCCUCCUUUCCACCCUCCGCAACCUCUUGAUCACGAACCGCAGUACCUUACUUCCCACGGCAGUUCUCGCUCGCCUACCUGCCCUUCUUACAAGUCUGAAGUCGCGCCACCUGACUGAUGAAGACGCUCUCGAGGACCUCCAGGCACUGACCGAGCUGCUUGAGGAAUACACCAAGACGCAGACGACGUUUGAUGAGUACGCUGCCGAACUUCACUCGGGUCACCUCCGCUGGUCACCACCUCAUCGCAACCCUACUUUCUGGCAAGACAACGCCCGUCGCAUUCUAGAAGAGAACAAGGGAGAGCUUCCCCGAAAGCUUGCCGAGAUCUUGUCAAAGGACUGGGAAAACGACAAGCAGGUCUUGGCAAUUGGUUGCAAUGACGUAGCAUGCUUAGUGAAAGAAGUGCCCGACAAGCGACAACAACUCGAAAAGCUGGGUCUCAAGGGCAGAGUCAUGGAGCUGAUGCAAGAAGCAGAUGAGAGCGUACGGUGGGAGAGCUUGAGAGCCGUGGGCGAGUGGCUACGAUACAGCUUCGAGUCGAAGAGCGAGGUGCCGAUCAGGUAAUAGUCAUGCGAUCGAUCGCUUUCAUCAAGCGUGUGAGUAGUGCUUCCCCUUGUUUGUAUUUUCCUCGUCUUUUGUAGUCGGACUGUAUCAUAAAAUGCUGGGCCAUUUCUUGCAUGCAACAAAAUAUACAAGUCGAAAUCACGUUAGUCUCA